UUGUUGUUGUUGAUGAAAUCACAAACACGAGGUCUUCUUUUCUGAUUGGCUGAGUCCCCUGUCAGGAGAGCUCACGCCGGCCGGUUGUCACGCACCGUUAGCACAUUGUUUUGUGCAAUCGCUUCAAUGUGACGAGAGCACGUUGCUAAUUUGAAGGACGUGGACUUAUCCGAACGUCACCGUCCUCCUUGUUUCCCAAUCCAAAGGCGGCCCGAACACGGAAUUCGUCGAAGUAGCACGCUGAGGGGGCGCCUGUCCCUUUAAGCGUGAUGGAGCUGGGCUGGUCAAUGUAGGACGAGCGACCGUGCGCGUUGCUGCCUGAGCUCCGGGGGCUGCCAUCCCCAUCAUGGCCUCCGCGCAGACACCGCCGACUUCCCCGCAACCGAGGAUGAAGCGAGCACCCAGCGGCCCUUGCCUUCCCGACGCGGAGACGGACGCGAAGCUGAAGCAGAGGCACCGGUAGAAGCGAGCCGCGCCGGGGAGAGCCGCCGCCUCACACAGCCGAUGCCACCCCGGUCGCCCCCGUGCCUCGUACGGCUACUCGAUCAAGGAGGGUGCGAACCCGGACGGUGGCACAAACAUGUCAACAAACAGGGAUUAUUCUGUUAAUCUGUCGGUGCAGCAAGUGCUGAGUCUCUGGGUGCAAGGGACGACGUUGCAGCACUUCACAGAGAUGUGGUACUGGGUGUUCCUGUGGUGUCUCUUCUCCUCGCUCUUCGUCCACGGGGCGGUGGGCCUGCUCAUGUUGGUCAUGCUGCAGCGCCACAAGAGGGGUCGUCUCAUCACCGUCGUGCUGGUCAGCGUGGGUUUCCUCGCUUCCCUCUCCGGGGGCGUCAUCACCAGCGCAGCCAUCGCGGGGGUGUACCGCGUGGCAGGCAAGGACAUGGCACCGCUGGAGGCUCUGCUCCUUGGUGUGGGCCAAACCAGCCUCUCCGUCGUCAUCUCCUUCUCGCGCAUCCUGGCCACGCUAUGAAACGAAGGUAAUCGUUGAAGGACACCGACUGGAUGACUGGCGUUCAAUCGAGAGAUUUUUAAUGGCUCUCAAAUUGGCCUCCGGACCUUUGGGACUGGGUCCAAAAGUCUCAGUUCGGUUACUGCCACCGUCGCGAGAGCUCCUUCCUUGCAGAUGCAGAGGGAACUCAAUUCAACGCCAUCCUCAGCUUCUGGACCGAAAGCCGUGUUGGUGGCGUUUCCAGAGGUAAACUCUGUGCCAACAGUAUUCUCUGGGAUGUCCCGCAAGCCUUUUGUGGACACUGACCCCUCCCCAAGGGUGCUCCUCAUAGGGAAUCAUGGGAAAAAAAAAAAAUUAAAGCAUAAAAAUACAGUGGGAUUCUUUUUUUAGACUCCACUUGAGAACAAACGUUGAGCACUGAUUACCCCACAGCUUUUAUCAGCUGUACAAUAUUAAUGAUCGCACUGGGGUUUUAUGCCGCAGCGCACAGAUUCUCAUUAUCGUUCCUUUUUCCAUGCUGGGUUUAUUAAAUUGCAGCUCACAUGCAAAGUGAAUUCAGCAAAGAAUGGAAACAUGUAUCAGUGCCAAAAACUGGUUGGGUGUAAAAGUUGGGUGUAAGUUUUCCUAAAUUACGUUUCUGAAAAUGUGAGCAUUGCUACAACUGUUUGCUCUUCUUUUUAAAACCCACUUUAUUGUGGAUUUAUUGCUUUUUAUUUAUUAUUAAUUUAUGUAUGCUUACAGCGUAAACCUUCGAAUGGGGAAAAAAAAAAUGAACUGCCUGCUUGAGCUCUUGGUAGGGAUGUCAUGAUCCGAUCAGGUGAUUGAGAAUCGUUGUCGACCGUGUGAUUUUCAGCUAAUUGAGAUCGGGUUACAAAAAAAAAAAAAAAAUGUCACAAAGUGACAAAAUAAUCAAGAUCUUGCCAAAUGGAACCGUAAUAACUUCAUUUGACGUUACAAUGACUUUCCCGCCCUCAGCACAAGUUGAAAGACCCUGAAUGGUAUUUUUAAAUGAGUCUGCGAAGCCUUAAAGCCACCUUGCUCAGCGGCGUCGAUUGAACGUUAAACUGGUUAGCGAUUGCGGCGCGUUCAAACGACGUCGCUAAAAAUAGAAGUUGAACGAGUGUGAAAUUAUUUUGUGACAAGCAAGCUUCUGGCGGUUUGUACAUGCGAACGUGACGUAUCGCUCCAACUCUGAAGCUGCAUGGGCCGUCAUUCUCGCCUUAAGACACGUGCAAAAAUGAAAAUGUAAAUUGUUAACCAUGCAGCCGUACGUACUACGCUAAAACUCAUGACAUUCCGCCAAAUUCUGCUAUUUGCAUCCCAGGAAACAAAAUGUAGAAAUCCACCAUGAAAUUAUUAUUAAGCAUCCUGGACACCGAUCUGUAAUUUGCUUAGUGUUAAUUUUUUAUUAGCAUAAAUGUCAUGGCUAUAUUUAAUGUAUUUGCCAAAAAUAAAACAAUAUAUAUUACACUUGUAUGAGUUGGACCACUACACAUUUUGAGCAGUUCAAUAUGUGUAUGCUAUCAUCAAAUUUACAUCUGAAAAAGAUUGACCUAUAAGUGUGCAUGUGUGUGAAUGGGCCUUAUCUUAUUUAUAUAUAUAUGUAUGUGUGUGCAUAAAUAUGCAUACACUCAUGUGUAUGCAUAACUAUAUACAUACAGGUAUGUAUGUAUCUUAAGAACAUUUGGAUGGACGCUAUUUAAUGCAAUGUGGAGGUAUCGAAUCUGGACUUGGCGAAAAAACGUGCUUGGGGCAUUCCUAGCACAUGCUAAUACAAAUUAGCUUUCGCGAGGCUGGAUUUAUGUCCUACAUCUUGUCUUGUAAAAUUUUUAAAGUUGGAAGCUCUCCAUGGGAAUAAACCAGGAAUUUACAAAUUUGAAGGUUGUAGCUUAGUAGUAACUUUAAAUAUAGAUAGUUGGGGUAAAUACUAAAAUAAAAUACAAAUUCAGUACCCUAUCUUAGAUUCCCAUGGAAGUUUAAUUGACAUUUUCUACCCCUUUGGAACCCAAGAUACAUCAUUAUUUACCCUUACUUCUGAGUUUGAGAGUCCUCAUGCUCAAGCCCGAAUCGCUUAGAUCUCUGCUGCUCACCUCUCUAGCUCUUACUUUUCUUUUCGAAACCCAUGUCCCUUAAGUUCUGAAGGUUUGAUUUGUCAAGUCCCAAACAAGCUCGCGCAUCACAAUUCACUCCAGACCACUAGGCGGCAGCGUGAUCGCACAACACUGUAAGCGCUAAUUCCGUAGAAUUAGUGGAAGUCGGGGGAAAAAAAUAAAUCGAAAAAUCGAAAUUGAAACCAGGUUGAUGGCAACUCGCUGCCGUUUCCAAAAGCGGUGUCAAGGAAAGAUGAAGUGACGCUAACUUGUUCAGGCGCUUACAAGUGGAGUGUUUAACUUUGCAUUUUGCACUGAGUUUAUUUAGUCUUAUGUUGUUUUAGCGUGGCAUGAUGCAACUCUGGCAAAACCCAUUACACGACAUCCCGAAAAAAAAGUUUUUUUUUUUGUUUUUGUUUUCGUCUGACACGCUUAUGGUAAUGAUAAUUAUUUUGCCUGAAGUUGGGUAUACACCAGUUUGACUCACUGGUGCUAUAUUUUAAAUGUAAUGCUCGCCCAAAAUUCAAUCAACACAAGGCAACCAAACCCCAAAGUGAGAAGUAGAUGGGUAAUUAUGCCAAAGUAUCACUACUAGCUUUAUUCGUCUUAUCAUAGUUUAAUGAUUUUUUUUUUUUAAUGAAUUGCUGCUUCCGCUUUGGUAGUAAAAUGUCAUGCCUGCUACGACCGAGUUUUGAGGUUUUCUUUUUUUGUGCCUUUCUCAAGAUUAACGCCACCUGAUGUAAAGGGACGUGGCUCACCGCCACUACCAGUUUAGUCCACAAGAGGUCAUCAUUGUACCACAUUCAAAGCUGUGAAGUGAGGGGAUGAGAAAUUAAGACAUUUACUUCUGAAUUGUUUUAGCCUCGAUGUUCAAUUGUAUAAGUAGAAUUGGAAAGCCAAGCCAAACCCACCAUUUAACGCAUGUGAACAAUUCCUUUUUCUGCCUGAAUGUUUUCCCACUUUUUCAGGGACCAAUGUUGAGUUGCUCGUGACUCACCUGCUGUGUUUGAUUUGAAUUUUUCAUUUAUUAGCAUUUGCUCAUGUAUGUAUGACUUUAAAGCUGCUGUUGCAGUGUGUGAUUUCUACCAAGAGCAGUAAAUUCAUGUGCUGUGCUUUCAUCUUAUUUAUACCCCCCCCCUCCUCCAGCUUUUAUUGAGCCAAUGCACAUAUUUUAGAAAAAUGCUACUGCGCAGCACCAAACAUAUAGAGUGGAAGGCAGAGGUUAACAUACAUUUUGCGAAAACAUUUCUUUUUUUUUUUUCUCAAUGUCUGAAUUCAAAUUAAUCUUCUCCUGUUUCAGCUCAGCCAGGAUCACCAAAAUAAUUUCAUUCUGACAAAAAAUGAAACAUGUUUUUUUUUUUUGCACAGUCUAUUUAAACUUCUGGCUUCUACUGUACGUCACAAGAAGUAUAGAAAAGUAAUGAUGAUCUCGUGGAAAUGUGUUUACAAAUGUACUGACUCAGUAUGAAAACUGGGCCUGUUUAGGGGGGCACAAACUUUUUAUUUUGUUGUAUAGAUGGCAACAGGCAGACAUUCAUUGUACUUUCUGACAACUUGUAGAAGAACAUUUAAUUGUCCUGUUUGUCACUGUAUGGCAAAUGAACCAAGAUACAUUCUUUGUAGUUUAGAAAAAGCGAGCAAAAAAAAAAAACAAACAAAAAAAACAUUUCCAGACCAGCUAACCUGGUCCUAUUUACCUGAUGAUCCCUCAGAGCACACAGUUGUUGGGAAUCACUGCCCAAAAGCAAAGGUGCCACGAGCAAAUGUGACCGUAAAGUAGAAGUUGUGUAUUUGUUUACUGCAAUAUCGAAGGACACACCCAGCAAUGACGAGUCCUCUGUAGACAUUGAGCAUGCCGUCGCAGUGCUGCAAGAUGUCCAGCUAUUGUUGUUCUUAUUCCUCAUCUCUAUUGUAUUGGCCAAAAAAACAACAACACAUUCUUCUGUUACUCUGAGAUGAGUACAGUGAAGUACUCCAUCGUGCUAACCUGCUGUGAUUGGACGUGCAGUGUGCUAACGUGUGAAUGGACUACGGACAAUCUUAACGAGGGAUGAUGUUGUCCAAAACCCAAAGUGGCACUUGUACAUAAUGUAUAUAUUGUUAAUUUUUUUUUUUAAAUUUUGUACCAGCCGAACAGCUGAUAUUUAUAACGUUAUUUCUGUACAAAUUGAUCCUUGUAAAUAUCAGCUGUCAGUUGAAAUAAAA